CCAUGCCAGCGCCCACUGCAGCACUGUCGCCCUAGAUAGAUUAUCCCUCAAUGUCCUGCAUAACAUGUCCAGCGCUGUCACUGUUCUCUACAGCUUUGCACCUCCAUCGCAUGACCAACAAGGAGUCUGGCACUUGCCGAUAAUCAUCAAACCACGGCUCCACCAUUCGCCAGCACUACCAACACUAUAUCCACCCCGGCCAAGACCUGCGUCAUAACCUCUAGUGCUUUCCGAGACUUUUCCUCACAUCUUUGCCGUCGCAAACAGCGUGCAGAACAUUUACCUAGCGACAUCAUGCACCUCUCCAGCGUCAUCGCCAUGGCGCAGAUACCCACCCUGACCACUCGCGAGGCUCUGUCGGGUGUGUUUGGCUCCAUAUCCCUGGCCUCGUGGAUUUUUCUCUUGGUGCCCCAACUCCUCGAAAACUAUAAAUCCGGCUCCGCAGAGGGAAUCUCCCUCGCCUUCCUCACUGUCUGGUUCAUAGGCGACAUCACCAACCUCGCAGGCGCCCUCUGGGCUAACCUCGUCCCCACCGUCAGCGCCCUCGCAAUCUACUUCUGCUUCGCCGACCUGGUCCUCAUCUCGCAAUGCGUAUACUACAACCUCAAGAACUCGAAACGCAUACGCAAGGCCUCGACGCGCAGCCAGGACAGCGUUGAGCAACCACUGCUUGGCCGUAGGGACAGCAACAUCGGACUGCCAGGGAGCCACAGGCGCGAUUCAAGGAGGCGGAGCUCGUUGCCUGCGAUUGCUGAAGUCAAGGAUGCAGAGUACAGCGCGUGGAUCAAGAAUGCGCUUAGCAUUGUUGGAGUGUGCAUUGUUGGUACUGCGGGAUGGGCGCUUGCAUGGAAGACCGGUGUCUGGGUGCCCCAGCGCACUGACAACGAGCCGGCACAAAUUGCGCUCGGAGCGCAGAUCCUGGGGUACGCAAGCGCGGUAUGCUAUCUCGGAGCGCGUAUCCCCCAGAUUAUCAAGAACCAGAGGGAGAGGUCUUGUGAGGGCUUGUCGUUGCUGUUCUUCAUCCUCAGCUUGUUGGGCAAUGCUACGUAUGGCGCAGGUAUCCUCUUCCACUCCACCGAGAAGGAGUACUUCCUCACCAACCUCCCCUGGUUGAUCGGCUCCCUUGGCACAAUGGUCGAAGACGUGACAAUCUUCAUUCAGUUCCGUGUGUUUGGCAGCGGCGAGCAGUCCUCUGCUAUCGAGACGUAGACAUGCUAUGUGCACAUGCGCCACGCCAGUCACCCUUGUAGAGUUGAAGGGCUGUAUAUGUCACGAUUUAGAGCCAUGUUGAAUAAAUUUCGGUUAGCCAUCAAAAGUUUGUAGGUUUGUUGCUGUGCUUGGUCUUCGAUACCCGGUUUGGACCGUCAAUCUUCACCUGUUGUACAAUUUGCGAUAGAUAAUACAGGAUAAUACAUAAGAUAAAGGAAC